GGCAGAGGAGGUUCUGUGUGCCCGCGUCCGCCAGCCCUCUCACCAGCAGUCGCUCAGCUCUCCCUCUCUCUGCUCGCCAUGGCGCUGCUGCACUCCUGCCGCAUGCUCUGCGGAGCCACCUCCUUCCACCCGGGCCUCGGCGCGGCCGCCGCCGCCAGAGCCAGCUCUUGGUGGACCCAUGUAGAGAUGGGCCCUCCCGACCCUAUCUUGGGGGUUACAGAAGCAUUUAAGAGGGACACUAACAGCAAGAAGAUGAAUCUGGGAGUUGGGGCCUACCGAGAUGACAAUGGAAAGCCUUAUGUUCUUGCAAGUGUCCGUAAGGCAGAGGCUCAAAUUGCAGGGAAGAACAUGGACAAAGAGUACCUGCCCAUCGCAGGACUGGCUGAAUUUUGCAAGGCCUCAGCAGAGUUGGCCCUGGGUGAAAAUAAUGAGGUUGUGAAAAGCAGUCGAUAUGUCACCGUACAGACCAUUUCUGGAACUGGAGCAUUGAGAGUGGGAGCCAAUUUUCUGCAACGGUUCUUCAAAUUUAGCCGGGAUGUCUAUCUUCCAAAACCAUCCUGGGGAAAUCACACCCCCAUCUUCAGGGACGCUGGCAUGCAGCUGAAUGGCUAUCGCUACUACGACCCCAAGACUUGUGGCUUUGACUUCACCGGGGCCUUGGAAGACAUUUCAAAAAUCCCAGAGCAGAGUGUCAUCCUUCUGCACGCCUGUGCUCACAACCCCACUGGAGUUGAUCCUCGUCCUGAGCAGUGGAAAGAAGUAGCGUCCUUGGUAAAGCAAAGGAAACUCUUUGCCUUUUUUGACAUGGCAUACCAGGGCUUUGCCAGUGGAGAUGGCAACAAGGAUGCCUGGGCUGUUCGCCAUUUCAUUGAUCAGGGCAUUAAUGUCGCUCUCUGUCAGUCAUACGCCAAGAACAUGGGCCUAUAUGGUGAACGUGUGGGAGCCUUUACCAUGGUUUGUAAAGAUGCUGAUGAAGCCAAAAGGGUAGAAUCCCAGUUGAAAAUUCUGAUUCGUCCCCUGUAUUCCAACCCCCCUCUCAAUGGGGCCCGAAUUGCCGCCACGAUCCUGAAUACUCCUGAUCUGAGGAGCCAAUGGUUGCAGGAGGUCAAAGGCAUGGCAGAUCGUAUCAUUGGCAUGCGAACCCAGCUGGUUUCCAACCUCAAGAAAGAAGGCUCCUCCCACAACUGGCAGCACAUCACUGACCAGAUUGGCAUGUUUUGUUUCACAGGCCUGAAACCUGAGCAGGUGGAACGGCUGAUCAAGGAAUUCUCCAUCUAUAUGACAAAAGAUGGCCGAAUUUCUGUAGCAGGGGUCACAUCAGGCAACGUAGGAUACCUUGCCCAUGCCAUUCACCAAGUAACCAAAUAACUCUCCCUGGCGAGAUGGAGCAGAGACGACCUUCCCACCUUCAGACUCUGCUGUUUGAGAUUCAGAGAGAUGAUUGAGCUGGCGAAGAUAGGAGUGGUGUGAGAAUUUCUUUCAACCACAGUGCUUAAUGCUCAGCCAUUGAAAGUAUCUCAGAACAAGACCUGUGAGUAGGCUAAAGGCAUCCGAAACUAGUGUUUGGAGCUUCGUGGGUCUAACCCAAACUCCCCAACCCAUCCUCCACAACUUUUCCAAAACAUUUUAUGUUUACAGUAACUCUACCAAAAAUCCCACCCAGAAACCAGAAUUCCUUGCCCUCUCCCCUUCCCCCAGUCUUAGAUCUCCGGCGUUACAAUGUUGUUCAAGAGCUUUAAUGUAGGUAAUAAAUAUCACUUAACCCGCGUAACCAAAAUCUCUGUGGUGCUAAAAGCUUCCAAAGAAGGCUUGCCCAGUUCUGACUUCCACCUCUGAUGGGCCUCCCAUGGCUGAUAGAGGCACCUCGCGUGGCAGUUGGUUUUUGGAAAUCGUAGAUGCUGCUGUUGCACAGCAUCUUGGCUUUCAGAAAUAGCAGGAAAGGGAGGUGGCUCUCACCCAUUGGACAUCUAAGACUUUUUUUAACUCUCCCCUCCUCCCAUUUUUAUUGCUGUCCUUUCCCUUUGACCCAAAGAUCCAAAUCUGCCCUGGUUUCUCUCCCUCCCUCUGCUUGAAUUAACCUUCAGACCCUUCCUAUCAGGAUCCAUAUACUUGGAGAAUUAAGUAAAAUGUAAUUUAAGAAGUGAGCAUGUUCUCUCCUCCCCUCUCUCAGCAAAAGAUGGAGGAGGAGAAUUCGAUAAAAUGACUGCACUUUAAUAUUGGCAUCAUUGUAAAGUUUUUAAUCGUCCCCUUUUCUGCCACCUCCCCACCAGACCUCAUCAAUGUGGUUGUGCAGUAAAUAACCUGUUGAUGACAAGUAUGUAUGGGGCAGUCGGUCCUGGGAGAUGAGUAUUUUGAGCUGUGGUUGUAAGCUUCUCUGUGUUGCUAGCCGAGUUCAAACAUAAACCUUGAAAAGAUCACCCUCCAUUGUAAUCAUGUAGGCCUUUAUGCAGCCUGGUUUCUCUGUUACAAUAAAGUUAUUGUAGAUUGGA